GCGGUCCUGUUUUACAUACAAGAUCAAUAUGGCGGACACCAAGUCGAUAUCAAAGCUUUCUAAAAAUCCAAGUACUCGAUAUGAAUCGACUAUGUUUAAAAUGUGUGAUCGUGUUGGAAGUCAUCUAACUUAUAGAGAUGUAUCUUUAUUGACUAUUUUAUCUGGUACGGUAAUCGAUGCCUCUCUGAAACGCAGAAUUAAAAAUGGCAAGGACUUGCUCCUCGCUCUGUCAAAAUCAGGGUAUUGUGAUGAAUCUAAUUUAUCAAGCAUUAUCGAGUUGCUGAAAACUAUAAAACGCCAUGAUUUAUUGCACAUGAUUCAUAUGAGACAAAAAACGAAAGUUACUCUUGAUCCUGUUGAAGAAUACCUCAAAAAUAUCAGCCAAGUACCUCAAAAUGUUGAACCAGUUGCGGGAUGUGCAGAGUCAGAUCACGAACUCAGGAUAACAGGAGGGGAUAAAGCUCCCGAAUCAGGCCCUUCAUCUUCAUCCAAUGACAGAAUUAGCUUUCCAGAAAAUGGACCACCCCCAAGUAAAAGGUUACGUCGUAGUCAGCGACUUUCUAAAAGAUCUCUUUUGAAAAAUGAAUCGGACGAAGGAAGCUCAGCCUUGGUUGGUCUUCGGAAAAAAUAUACUUGUGAUGUCCGCCUCCGUGUCCGUGCAGAGUAUUGCAAUUAUCAGUCCGUUCUUCAAGGUAAUGUUUCAUCAGUCAAACCUGAUCCUGUGGAACGACGGCUUGAAUGUUUUUCGCAAGCUAGUGCCAUUUUAAGAGCUCGGGACUUGGGCUACAUUGUCUGCGACAUUAAAUUUUCCGAAAUAACUUAUCUUGAUGCUUUUUGGAGAGAUUACUUAAAUGGAUCCUUAUUGGAAGCACUGAAAGGUGUGUUCAUUACCGAAUCUUUAAAGCAGGCAGUUGGUAAUGAAGCCAUAAAAUUGCUUGUGAAUGUGGAAGAAAGUGAUUAUGAAAAAGGACGUGCUCUUCUUAUGAAGAAUCUACGUGACAUUGAGUAAUUUGAAUAUAUACAGAUAUCGAAGUACAAUAAUCUGCAGAUUUUAAGUACAAUUAAAUAUUUAUUUCUAAAACUUCUUCUAGUUUUCGGUUUAAGCCUUUUCUUCAUUUCCUUAUUUUUCCCAAUGAUUAAUUAAAUAUGUAAUUGAAAAUUUCUUUCUUGGCGUAUUUAAUGUUUAUUUGUUUUAUCAUAAAUUUUUUAAUAAAACCUUUUUUUAAAUUUUCAUGUUUUAAUGCAUUUUUCAGGAGUAACUUGAGCAUGUCAUUGUGCUGUAAAGCAUCUGUAUAUUGGUUGUAUAAUGUACUGGAUUUUACUUACUAGAAAGAGAUGUCUUUCAUCCAACUGUUGCUUUUGUACAGUUAAUUCCUUUGCAUAGUAUAGUGUAUUUGUUAAGAAACAUAUUUUUUAAAAAAUUUCAGCUAUUGGUUCAUCUUCUGGAGAGUAUUCUUUAUGGCAGGGCUCCUUGAACUUCACCUACUCAUAAAACUAUUACUUUGAAAUGACAGAUAUGUAAUAGUCUCAUUUUUGUUUGGAAAUUCUCUAUUAGAUCACCCCCUCCCAUCCCCUUUUUUAAUAUUCUUGUUAUUCUACAAUUGAAAAAUAAAUAAGAAUUAUAAUUAAUCAUUUAAAAAAAUUGGUUUCAAAUAGUUAUAAAAUUUCAGUAUGUUGUUUUAUGUUAACACUAUUUUUUUUCCUUAACUAUUUUGAUUACAAUUUAAGAAUUGUGAUGGUGUUUUGAAAACUUCAAUCCUCUUCCAUCAUUAUUUUUGGCUCCAAACGGAAUUUUACCUUCAGUUUAAGAAGCCCUGCUUAAUAAUAUAUGUUAAGUGUGAAAAAAAAGUACCUAGAUGCUUUUCUAUUGAAAAUAAUUUUCUUUUUUUAUUCUGCUUGGCACCACUGGCAGAUCUUUUAAGGAAUUAUCUUUUAGAAGCAUCUAUCCAUUAACAUAGUCUACCUCAUAAAAAUAAAAAUUUACUUACAUUUCUGUAUCUGAUUUCAUAAUAGCAAACCUCAUUUAACUUUUCUAAUUGCUUGAUGUAAAAUUAAUAAUGCAAAAUACCUCUAACAUGAUUAGCCAAAUAAAAUAACUUCCAUCUACCUCAACUUGAUUUCUUGCCAUUUGUUACAUAAUGAAUGUAUUGCCCUAUUAAUGGUUGUCUUCAAAUCUAUUGCUUAAUAUGGAAGAAUAAAAAAAAACUUUACAUUGCAUUUUCAUUUCCUGAAAAAACGAUGUAUAAAAAAGUAAAUUUUCUGUGAUAAUUAAUCUCAAAAUAUAGAAAGAAUUAUCUGUAAGAAGUGCUCUCCUUGUAAAAAAUUCAAAUAAAUUUACACACAAAAAAAAAAAAAAAUUAUAAACUGAAGCGAUUUUAUGUUUCUUGAUUACUACUGAUACAUUGGUUAUCAAAAUAAACAUCACAGUAUACUUUUCAUUUUUAAAAAAAUUUAUUUUCAUUUCACUUGAAGCAUUCAAGUAGAUACUGCACUUAUAGGUUUUUGGUUCUCAAGAUUAAACUUGUUAUAAAAUGUAAAUAGGAUAUACUCUGGUCACUGAUUCCAUUUUCCUCAUUGUGACCUUAAUCUGUGUACAGAGUAUAAAACUUCAGCUUUUGUGAUACAGUUUUGUUUUGCGAAAAUUCAAAUAUAUGCUUUUUAUUUGUUUUGUAAGUUUAUAAGUAUUGCUCUUUUUUUUUCCUUGAAAUUUAAUUUUUAUUAAACUUAGAUUUUCAAAAGUUUGCACAUCAAUGAAUGGAUUUGAUUCCAUUUCAUUGUAAUUAUGUAGAUAUUCAUAGAUUAUUGCCAGGUAGGCCUUUGUUAGAUACUUUUUCAGUUUUCAUGCACUUAAUGUUUUGCUGUAAUUAACUGAGAUUCAAAAUGUAUGUUUUCUACUCGUAUAAAAAAAAAUAUAUGUAUGUUGCCAUUUUUGUUGGCACAUAUUGAAUUUCCUUUCUUUCUUUUUUUUUUUUUUUUUUUUUUUUUUUAAAUACAAGCAGUAUAUAAAUAAUAGCUACAAGGGGGAAAAAAGGUGGGAUGAAUUUACUAGUUUGAAGUUGCCCAAAUAUUUUUAGUGUUACGUACCAUUUAUUGAAUUUUCAAAAAUAUUGUGCGAUUUCUGUUUGAUUAACUGUAAAAAAGAAGUAUUUAGCUAGAAGGUUGUCUAAUGAUUAUUGAUCAUUUUUAUAUUUUUAUAGUAUUUUAAUUUUGUGUUAUUUCCUUCUUUAAGUAGAGGUUUCAAGUGUUGAUUGUAAAAUAAUCUUUGAUAUUUUAUGCAGUGAUAUAAUUAACUCAUUAUAUUUUUAAUUCCUCUUUAGUCAUUUGGAGGGUUUAAGUUAUUUGCUUUUUACCAUUUUGGAAAUUAUUUCCCUGUGAAUUAAUGUUUUUGAUAGAAUUAUAAAAACUGUUUUUUAAUGUCAACAAAUUUUAACAAAUUUCUGUAGCUCUCAUUAUUUUGUAUGGUUUAAAAAAAAUAAAAUGAAAAAUAGGAAUCUUUGGCAUUCCAAAUGUUUUAUUAAAAUAUAAUAAAUAUAAAUCUACCACAAAAUGUGGUAUCUAAAAAUGAAUCGUCUGUAUGACACACAAUAUACCUCAGAAUUGUUUCCCUCUAAAUAAUAUAUAAGCCUUACACAUAAUUUGGCGAUCAUGUUAUAUUCGGCAGGAAUACAAUAUGCAGGAAUUUUAUUCAUGUGUACGACUCUUGUCUUGUGCUACCUCAUGCACAUAAAACAAUCAGAUCUGCAAUGAUAACACCUCCCAUUUUUUUCACUCACAACAUCGUGUGAAGCUUGAAAUUAUUUUGUAAAAUGGAUAUUUUUGUGGUGAUGUUGUUACCAAUAUUUUUGCAGGAUUUCUGUGCCAAUAAAGAAUUUGAAAGAAAAAUUGGCGUAAGUUUACAACUCGUGGAAGUUUUCUUUUUAUGAAAUGUUGUUGUUAUUCAAAACAUAGUUAUUGUUUUAGUAUUCAGCUGUGUAUUUUUUUAUUUAUUUUUUUUCAUUGCAAAUCUUGAUGUUUCCCAAAAAUUAUUGCCAAAGCCUGCAAAAAUAUUGGAUGAUUUCAAAUGUAAUGUUACUUAUCGUAGUCUUGUAUUUCUUAAAUAAAUAGAUUACAGCUUUUAUUACAAUUUGAAAUGGUUGCUUGACAUUUAACAACAAUUGUAUUGCUAACGGCAUUUAUCAAGUAGUUGGAAAUGGUAGGGCAUACACAUGUACAGAAUUUGUACUUGUUUCUUUUGUUUUAUUUUCAAAAUUAUGUGCAUUUAUCUUUUGGAAAGGACAUCAUAUAGAAGUCUUAAAAAAAUUUUAGUGUAUCAAUUUAUUGAUUGUUGCUUUUGUUCAAAAAAUUUAGUUUGCUUAUUACUAUGUCCAUUUUUGAAAUUAUUCAUCUUAAGACUUUCCUUGUUAUGUCUUAUUUACUUGAAACUGAAAUUUUCAAUAAAACAUGAAAAAAAUUGCGAUUUUCUA